UAAAACCAAGUGAAGGUUUGUAUUUCAAAAGAUAAAUAAAACAAAAAUCUUGAAAAUUCUAUUCUUCUUUAAAUAACAUAAUUUUAAUAAGAUAUUUUCAAGAACUAAGAUAUGAGCAAAUCACUGGUUGCGCACAUAGCAAAAAGUCAACCUUCUUAUCUUUAACCAAAUCACACACAACAUCCUCUUCCUAAAAAUCAUGGCACAAGAAUCCAUCAAUGAUGUCACACCUUUUCAACUCGAUGAUUCAAACAACUGUGAGUGGAAUUACGUUUGGGAUCCAAACCUAUGUAAAACAACACUUAAACUAAUCACAUCAAAGGUCUACACUCCACCAGUUUUACCUUCAUCGUCAAUACCAAAAGAACCAAGUCGAGAUCGAUACUACGUAUGUCACUUCGAUGGAUGCAAUAGAACCUUUGCCAAGGACUAUGCUAGUUGGUAUAAAACUCACUUGCAAAGACAUUUGCCAGAUUGUGAGAGGCCUUUUCAAUGUGAUUAUCCUGAAUGUACAAGAGGUUUUGUCAAGCAACGUGAAUUUGAAACACACAAACGUUCUCAUACGGGAGAAAAACCUUAUAAAUGUGAACAAUGCGGUAUGAGUUUUUAUACACCAUCUCACUUGAAAAGACACGUUAAAAGUCACAUCAAAUUAUUAAAAACAAAAAAAAAACUUUUGAUAAAGGCUCGUUUAGAGAAAGCUUCUUGUAGUUCUGAUCCUAACGAUGAUGUUGAAAUGCAAGAAGAAACUGAUGAAUCUGAAAUGUCUUCUGACUCUGAAUCAUCUGAUGAAUCCGAUUCUUCUAAGCCAAAAAAUAAGCCGCCAACUGAGAAAAAACACAAAUGUCCUGAAGAAGGAUGUGGGGAAGCUUUCCGCUGUGCAAGUUUGCUUAUGAGGCACAGUUUAACGCACUCGGGGCACAAGCCUUAUAAAUGCGAUAAAUGUGGUAAAGGCUUUAUGAGACCAGACUAUCUAACUAAACACCUCAAAGCUCAUCUCAAUAACCCAAAGUUUAGACCUUUUAAAUGCAAUCAUCCCGAUUGUACAAAAAGGUUCGUCAAAAAUGAUGAGCUAGUUUCUCAUAUGCAAACUCACACCCAGAGUAACAAACUCCACAAGUGUGAGAAAUGCAAUAAAACGUUCAGACGCAUUAACUUCUUGAACAAACAUAUGCAAGUCCACAAACUAGAAGGGGAAGGAAAAAAUGUUCCUUCGGAAGAAGCUAUUACAGUUGGGAAUGUCCCUUCGGAAGAAGAUAGCGCUGGUGUAAAUGUCGCUUCAGAAGAAGUUAGUGCUGGUGUUGAUGCAGACAAAACCACUGACUUGGAAGGUGAGAAAAAACACAAAUGUCCGGUAGAAGGAUGUGGGGAAGCAUUUAGAUUUCCAUUGUUGCUUGAACGGCACACUUAUAUGCACUCUGGUCAUAAGCCUUUAGAAUGCUAUAAAUGUGGUAAAGGAUUUUUUAUACCUUACUAUCUAAAUAAACACCUCAAAGCUCACCUCAAAAAAGGAAAAAAUGUUUCUUCAGAUGAAGAAGUAAGUGGUGAUGAUGAUUCAGAUAACACGAGUGAUUCGGAGUCAAAUUAUAUCUUAAGUUCGCUUAUACCAACAAAAUUAAAUGACAAAAUCGAAGAAGAAGAGGCACAUAAAAACGAAGAACAUCACGACCAUGAAAUGAAGGAACUAGAAGUUAAACAAGAAAAGAUUGAAGAUGCUUUCUUUUCUUCGAUUGCAUAUCAAAUUCGAGUUAUAGAAGAUCUUGUCCAUGAUAUUAAAGAGAAAAAAGUUGAUCCCUAUGAUUUGAAGCAAGAAAUAGACACAAAGACAGAUAUGGAACAAUUUCGGAUUAUAGAAGACCUUUUACAUGAAAUUAAAGAGGAAAAUGAUGAACCACAUAGUGUUAAAGAAGAAAUUAACACAACAACAGACAUGCAACAAUUACGCAUUAUAGAAGAUCUUCUGAAUGAGAUAAAAAAGGAAAAUGUUGAUGAGAUCCAUGAUGUGAAGCAAGAAAUGGACACAAAAAUAGAUGGUCAUCAACUUCAAAUGAUAGAAGAUCUUUUGCGUAAGAUGAAGGAGGAAAAAGAUGAACCUCAUGAUUUGAAACAAGAAAGCGAGGUAGAGAAACAGACAGAUGUGCAUCAACUUCGAGGUGUAUUAGAAGAUUUAUUGUAUGAAGUGAAGGAGGAUGAAGUUAUGACCGUAAAAAGAGAACCAUUGGACAGAUCAAUGGAUUUUUGAAGCCAAAAGUCUAUCUGAGUUAGCGCAUACAGAAAAACAUACCAAAAAUACACAACAUUGCCCUUAAAUAAUUUGUUAGAAUAUUGUUAAAGCUUUUAAAAUAUUGUUAAUUAGCGUUAAAUACUAUUAUUGAUAAAUUUUCUUGCAAGUUCCUGUAUAAAUAUAAAUAGUUCAAAAACAGACCUCAGAUUAUACUAAGUGGAAAAACUUAUAACACAAUUUUAUCGUUUUGAACUUUGUUAAAAUAUUAGUUUUGAUUUCAUGUUUUAAAUACUAAAUAAGUCAACCCUGUUUUGAAUUAUUACUUUCCUUGUAACUUUUAUCUCAAUAUAUCUAAAUUUGAAUUUGAAUUAUUUCCCACUAUCUCUUAUACUUUAUGCUUAAACUAAUGUUAAUUAAUUCUUUCCAUCUGAUUAUCUACAUAUUUAAAUAGUCACAAAUAACUAUUUUAAUAGUUAAAAUUGACUAUUUAAUUGUUAAUUUAAAAAAUACAUCGAUUGACUAUUAAAAUAUUCACAAAUAACUUUUUUUAACUAUUUAAAACAGUUAUCCCGACUUUAACUAAGAAAAUAGUUAUACAGGGUGUCCCAAAAGUUUACGUCGAAACGAAAACGGUAGAUAGGAUAGGUGAUGACAGUUAUCAGAAAAAUAAUAAAAAAAAUCGCAGCCAUAUAUUUUGGGAGUUAUGAGCAUUUGAAAAAAAGUCGACAAAAUGGUCACCCUGUGACGGUUUUUCAUGUUCCGUGACUACAAAUCUUAAUUUUUCUCAUUUUUUUCUUUUGUUACGGAAAAUUUACCUCAUAAAAAAGUCGGAUUUCUUAAGAAAAAAAAUUUUAUCUCGGUUAUCUAUGAAAUAUUCCCAACAAUGUUAUACCAUUUUGAAAAGAGAAUUGAACACACCAACUUUUAAGGCAACUUGCCGAAACAUCGUAGUGUAUUUUUUUUACACUACGGCUCAUUGAAUUAGAGUCAUGUAAAAUUUUUUAGUACUAAGUUGGGUAAAAAAGUAAUAUUUUCUUUAAAACUGAUGCAGGUGAGUUAAAAAAUUUGAAUGCAUUUGAUAGCAGGGUUAUUCAAGGUUCCGUAACAAAAGAAAAAAAUGAGAAAAAUUAAGAUUUGUAGUCACGGCACAUGAAAAACCGUCACAGGGUGACCAUUUUUUCGACUUUUUUUCAAAUGCGCAUAACUCCCAAAAUAUAUGGCUGCGAUUUUUUUUAUUAUUUUUCUGAUAACUAUCACCACCUACCCUAUCUACCGUUUUCGUUUCGACGUUAACUUUUGGGACACC